AUGGCUGGCGGGAAAGUUAUCAUUUACGGCGGACGUGGCGCUCUUGGAAGUACCAUUGUAGAACACUUUAAGAAUAACAACUUUGUGAGUUUUACUAUAGAUCUGAAUAGUAAUGACAACGCUGACGCAAACGUUUUCGUGGACAAUCAAGACGAUUGGGUUGCUCAAGAAGAGAGAAUUCUUAAAGGGAUUUCCUCUGCUCUGGACUCCCCAGUUGAUGGUAUCUUCUGUGUGGCUGGGGGUUGGGCUGGCGGCAACACUUGCGCAGAUGACUUCAUCAAAAACGCUAACCUCAUGUGGCAACAGUCUGUUUGGAGCAGCGCCAUUGCUGCUAAGAUCGCCGCAAAACACUUGAAACCGGGUGGAUUGCUUCAACUCACUGGUGCAUACGCGGCAACGAGUGCGACUGCCGGCAUGAUCGGCUAUGGAAUGGCGAAGGCCGCAGUGCAUCAGCUGACAGCGUCGCUGGCCGCCGAAGGAUCUGGUCUACCACCAGACUCCACUGUGCUGGCAUUACUCCCAAUAACUCUCGACACGCCGAUGAACCGCAAAUGGAUGCCGAACGCGGAUCAUUCAACUUGGACACCGAUGCCAUGGAUCGCAGAGCAUCUAAUGGAGUGGACUAUGGACAGCAGUAAGCGGCCUGCAAGUGGGUCACUUCUACAACUAAAAACAGCAGGUGGAACUACCGUAAUCAGCAAGGUUUAA